GCCUCUCUGCAGAAAUUAUAUUCUGUGGUGAUGCAGUGAAACAUGGACAGGUGAGCCGUCGUCAUUUUUUAUCUCCUAAAUUUUUGUUUAUCACCAAAUUGUUUGUAGUCUAUCCUCAAUUUUUUGUGGUACCGGCAUUAUCCGCUUCUUAUCAUUCCAUUCGUUUUGUUUUACUUGUAAUUAUGGCAACGGAAAUUCGUGCAAAUAACAUACUUAGCGAUGAGGAGGAUGAGUCUGAUGACGGAUCCAAGAUAGUGGAGUUGAAAGGUUAUCUCAAUAAAUGGACUAAUUACAUUCACGGUUGGCAAAGGAGGUUCUUUGUGUUUUCAAAUGGCACCCUCUCCUACUAUAAAUCAGAACUAGAAGCUGGUCACGGCUGCAGAGGGACUAUCAGUUUGCGCCGAGCCACCAUAAAGCCUCAUGAAUUUGAUGAGUGUCGAUUUGAUGUCUCUGUGAAUGACAACGUUUGGUAUCUUCGAGCAGAUACUCCUGAAGAGAAGCAACAUUUCGUAGACUUGCUGGAACUUUGUAAGUUAGAGUCUGGGUACAGUAGUGAAAGCAACUUAAGGAGGUAUGGAAGUGGUCUCUCUCUUGCAUCUAAUAAUCUAUCAGCCUCUUCAAUUAACAAUUUAUUCAAAGAUAAAGAACUGAAGGAAAAAGUUGCGGAACUCUGCACGUACAAGGAUAUUUUAUGCAAACAAAUAGAUGACCUCCAAAAUUUCUAUGAGAACCAGCUAGGUGCCAACAAUUUUGACCCAAGUCAAGUGAAACAGUUUGAUGUCAAGGGGGAGGCAUUAACAUUUAAAGCAACAACUGAAGCUGUACUUGAUAGAUUGCAAAAUUGUAUCGAUGUUAUGGGACAGCGGGAUGACUUGUGGUAUCGCAAAGUUGAACAUGAAAAAGAAAAAAGGCGCAAGUUAGAGGAGAUGGUUCGCACUCUGCGUACGCAAAUUGCAUCACCUCCAGACUUAGAAGAGGGACCUCAUAGCACGUUAGCGGAUGAUGAAUUUUAUGACGCAUUUGAAACGGAGCUUGAUAAAAUGGAAGAAGAAGCACAAAACCGACAAGCUUUUAAGCAGCAACUGUCCGUUGUCCUCUCAGAAAACUCCAACAACAACGUUACCCAUGUUGUCAAUGAUGAAAAAACAGCCAGCUCAGCUGAAUAUCAUAGAUUGUGGCCUGAGAUCGAACGAGUAACCAAGGAACAAAUUAAGUAUGCUCAGAUGGGCUUGGGCAAUGAUGCCUGGCAUUUGUUCGCGGAAGAAGGCGAGAUGAAAAUGUACAGGCGAGAAGAAGAAGUUAAUGGACUUGUUGUGGAUCCGUUGAAAGCGUGUCACGUUGUCAAAGGUGUCACAGCCCACGAAAUGUGCCACUACUUUUUUAGUCCCCAGUAUCGAUAUGAUUGGGAAACCACACUAGAGCAUAUGACUGUUGUAGAAAAUAUAUCGGACGAUACGUUAAUUUUUUUACAAUUGCACAAACGUAUCUGGCCAGCGACGCAGCGUGAUGCUUUGUUCUGGUCCCACAUUCGACAGGUGCCUCCAAACGAGCCAGGUGUUCGUGAUAUCUGGAUCGUUGUAAAUAAUUCCACUGAAUUACCGAAGCAUCCGCCGGACAACAAGAAGUGUAUACGGCUGUUCCUGACAGUUUGCCUUCUCUGUCAAACGAUAGUGUCUUCCCCGAAAGAAGGAGCUAGUAUAACCAGAGAUAAUUUGACUUGUAAAAUAACGUACUGUUCUGUAGUGAAUCCUGGCGGUUGGGCUCCUGCAUCUGUCCUGAGAGCAGUCUACAAACGGGAAUACCCAAAAUUCCUGAAAAGAUUCACCGCUUAUGUGAUAGAUCAGUGUAAGAAUAAGCCCAUAAUGUUUUAAUUCCGAGAAUAUUUUUGCAAGGUCUCUAACUGGAUAUUCUUGCCUAUGCUGUUAAGUCAUAGCCAUAGCGUAUGUCAAGUGCUUUGGUUUGUGUUCUUUUCAUAUGGUCAGUGGUUGAACCAGAGGCAAAAAGAAUGAACGUAUUUGGUUUUUCUUUCAUUCUUUUUUGUCUGUUGAACACGGAAGAAGUUUUUUAUCUGUUGAAAUUCGUGUUUGCGCCUUUGGAAGACAUUCUUCACCUUUUGAGGUCGACUUGAAGAGGUAGCCCCAAGCAAUAAAGACGGUCAAUUUGAAGAGCUAGCUCCAUGCGAUGAAGACACUGCGAUAGCUGAAAAAGCUGCAGUCGAUGAAGGAACUCUGCUUAAUGUUCCAAUAUUUGCAGUGAAAGUUGUUGGAGCAGAAAAUUUUGGAUUUACUUUUAAAUAGAUCACAUCUUUAGUAAAAACUUCACUCAGAAUAUAGCCAUUGACUUCCACUUCUUUUCCAAAAGAGACAGGUGUUAAUUUCCUGUUUGAUGUUUCGAAAAACUCGAUUUCGUCUUCUUCUUGAAUAUUGAAUUCACUCUUCAGUUUACUUAUUUCUUCUAAGUGCGUCAUUUCUUUAGAGAAUUGAAGUAAGAUUAUUUUGUCUUCCAUACCAGCUGGGGCUUCUGUGCCAGUUCGAUUUCUCUCCACAAGAAUUACCUUUUUUAUGAACAAAACAUUUGUUUGGGCUUUCUUGGAUAGUUUCUUUGUUUCCGCCUAGGAUGGUCUGUAAACAAAAUGAGGCACAUUUUGCUUUUGGUUACCUGCAUUCUGUGCCUGUGUGGCAAUAUAUUUUUUUUUUAAAUAUCUGAUAAUAUAUUUUCAUAGAAAUUUUCAACUAUUUCAUAAAUAUAGUUUUCGAGAUUGACCGCCAGAGUCAGUGGCACAUCCAGUAUCAUCUGAAUUGAGUCGCCUUUUAUAGGUGAUGAUUCCUGCUCACUUGAACUGGAUGUAAAAUGAUAUUCUGCGCUCUGUGGAUUUGAAGCUAUUACAAAAAGUGAGCCUCCUCCAGAAAAUAAAUCUUUUUGUUCUCCGUAACCUCUCUUCAAGAAUCCACU